AUGCAUUUCUCAAAGAUUAUCGCUGCUGCUUUCCUCGCCGCUCCCCUCGUAGCUGGCCAAUCUUCCGCUUUCGGUGGAGCUGCUCCAACUGGUACUGGUGAGAUUGGAUCCCGCCCUACCGGUGGUCCUCAACCAUCUGGUAGCGCUGGUGGAUUCGGCGGUGCUUCUCCAUCUGGCGGUUUUGCCAUGGCUUCCGGCGGAGCUGGAGGACGUGGAGGACACCACAGUGGUGGUGCUCAACCAACUGGUUCAUCAAACUUCGGAAACGGCAAGGCGCAACCGUCCGGUGUUGCCCAAGCUUCCGGCAAGGGGGGUCACAGAGGUGGAAAGGGUGGAAAGGGUGGAAAGGGAGGUGCUUCUGGAAGUGGCUUCGGUGGUGCAUCAAAGACCGAUUCAUCUGGAGCUAAGGCCACCGGAGGUGCCAAGGCUUCCGGUCAUCAAAGACGUCAACAAAGCAGUGCUGCCUUUGCACCAGGUGGAGAGAUGCAGCAACCAACUGGCUCCGCCGGUGGCUCUAAGCCAACUGGAGCUCGUCCAUCCGAUACUGCUCAAGCAUCAGGUGGAUUUGGAGGUCACAGCGGAGGUCAUAACGGAGGCCACAACGGUGACCACGGACACAGCAGCCAAGGAGGUGCUUCCCCAACUGGAGCCAAGUUCCGUAACUUCAAAGCUAGGCCAUCUGGUUCUUUCUCCCAAGGUGGUGCUAAACCAACUGGUGGAUUCGGUGGCCAACAAGGUGGUGCCUUCCCACCUGGAGGGUUCGCUGGAAACCAAGGUGGUUUCCCAUCUGGCUUCCCAUCUGGAGCUGCCCCAUCAGGAUUCGGAGGGGCUGCCCCAUCGGGCUUUGCAUCUGGCUCUGCUGCCGCUCCUCAACCUACAUCUUAA